AGAACAAUAAGCGAUGCUUGCGCGUAGGACAGACUACGAUGAGACGCAGAUAGUUGAGCAAUGGCGACGACGAAUCAGACAGGUGAAUGUCAGCUAACUGCAAAGGGGCCCGCGCCGGCACUGGAAUGUCCUGUGAGUGUGUGCAUGCAGGAGGAGGCGAAUGCCCUGGCCCUGCUACAGCAGCCGGCGCAGAGAAGGCCCGUGACCGCCCGCUAUGCUUCGCGACCAGUAGGACGCACAGACAUCAGGUAAGUGAGAAGGGGGAAGAGAUGCCACGAUUCCCCCUUUACCUGCACCUCUCCCCCUGUGUGUGUGUGUGUGCACAGGGAUGUCCUCUGUCACUCUGCAUAUGUCAAGCCCCAGAUGCCAGCAUUUGUUGAGCAUCAGCAUCAGUUCGACGAAGAGGAUGAAGAGGCAGCAGGGGCCAGCCGCACGCUGAUGUCGGGUGAGGGCUCCAACGUCUCUGGAGCAUUCGGCAACUCCUCCUGUGAGGGGCGGUUCAGUCGCGCAUUGGUCAGGGCGGGCAAGGAAAUCGAGAGAGAGCGGUUCAAGCGGAAGAUGCUGGAGAGGGAAGUGGCAGAGGUGAGAUGACAACGAAUGAAGUUUGAUAUAGGAGACGUCCCUCUGUGUGUGUCGGGGUAUGGUGGAUGGAUGCGUUACAGUUGAGGGCGUUGGUGGAGCGGACAUUGAAGGGCGGCUCCUACAGCCAGAAGAGGAGGCCCAAGACCGCUAAAUAAGACAUGACUGACUGAGGCAAUGAGUCAUGGACGAUUUGGAGGCGUCUAGGUAGCCACAAAUACAUACAUAGAGGCAUGGCUGUGCGGAGCCUGGACGUCUGUGCUGUGUGUGCGUGUGUCGAGUUUCU